UACAGUGAUUCUUUAUUUCAAGGUGACCCAGGUUGCAGGCAUUAUCCAUCACAAUAGAGCCUCCUUGACUAAAAUUAGUCUUUAAUUCUGCCAGGGAGUUUUAGCACAUCAGUGUUUCUGCUUGGAGAAAGACUAAAGCUUCACUGUUAGAGCAAAGAUGACUGAAAGGUGAUACUUAUAUGAAUGUCUUACAGUAUAUGAUUGGUGAGGCUUUGUGUUUGGUUAGGACAAGUGAAAAAUUUCAGAAUGCCUUGCUUUUUCAUGCCACACUAUGUUGUACGUAUGUGUGUGACUCUUCUGUAUGAAUGUAUGUCUGUGCCAAUUUAUGGACGAUGGGCAUAUGGUAACAGGAUAGGUACAGGCUCGUCCUCCAUCAAUGAACUAAGCACUCAAAGUUCUACACAACUUGCCUGGCCGUUCGGGUAUGAGAGCAGUGAUUCAGAGGCAGACCGUCCAGACCCUGACCUCCUCCUUGAUGAUUUGGCCAGCCGCCGGUUUCACACCCCAUCUGUUGUCACUCCCACCAACUUUGCAUUACCCAUGACCUCAGGGGAUUCCACCACUAUGCCCCAAACCACCAGGCCAAAGGUUAUGCUUACUAAUGUGCCCCGACCAACGUUGACCUAUCUCAGCAGUGAAACUAGACCUCCUCAGAAGGCUGCUAGGAGGUCUGCAUCUGCUGAUGUCUACAUGUAUGAUGACUCGGCGGAAGAAGAUGAUGAGAUUGGUUAUGCUGAUCCUGUUCAGGAUGACCUUUAUGCUCGUAAAGUGGGCCUGACAGUAUCCCAGCCCAUUUCCACUGCACACCAUGAUAAAUUUCUCCCAAAGUUCUGGACACCAGAGGAAGACAUGCAUGUGCAGAAAAUCAGACUGGGCUCUCAGCGUCGGCCCUGGUACAGAAAGAUCCAGGGUUUCAGUCAGAAGAAGUCUGGCUCAUCCUCAGAGGACUCCGACUGUGAUGUCAGUCCCCGGCACUGUGUGUCCUCUCCCUCUCAUUCUGAACCCACUUCCUUACACGCACAAACUUCACAGCUCAGUCCCAUCACUCCCAGUCCUACCACACAGCCACUCAUGCUCACGCAACAGACCUCUGGAGCCCAAAGGUUUCAGUUCCCUGAUUUCUGGCCCAGGCCAGACCCCACCUCAGGUCCAAGACUCAUUAAGUGCAAGAGACACCCAUUAUUAGGGCGGGAGCACCCUAACGACCCCUACAAUGUUUCUGAGGACAUUCUCCCCGACUUGGACAAUGAUGACAUGUUUAGCCGCCGCACAUGUGCCUUCAACUCUAACACUGAGCUGGCCAGGAUGAAAUAUGGGGGUCUACUUACCUCACAUCACAGGUCUGAGCCAUCUAUCAGAGUGGUUACUCAGCACAACGAUGGCAAAUCUACUUACCCUGACAUUGAGAAAGACGAUGUGCUCACCCGCCGGUUACAGCAUCAUUCUACGCUGCGUCCUCUUUCAGGAGCACCUAAUAACUAUCACCCUGUGCCUAUUCCUGAGUCCUGGGCCCUGCCACAGAAACUUCAGGCCAAGAUAUCUGCCCCGUGCCCACCAAUACAGGUGACUGCCCAGGUGUGUGCAAAACAGAAGUGGGAUGCACAUCGAAAAACAGAUGAUAUGCUAGUUAGGAAGUUUGGAAUUGUACAUGUCCAGAAUCCCACUGAGGUAUCUCAGAGGUCAUUUGCAACUCAAACAGGCCCAAGUGUGCCCUCAUCCUGCAGCGAGGAGGAUCUUCAAAAAUGGCAGGCCAUCAGAGAGGCCAGUCGCCUAAGAUAUAAGAAGAGGCUGAUGGUGGAGAGACUCAUGCAAAAGAACUCAGAGACUGAUGGGUCUGUUUCAUUGAGUGACAUCCCUGUUGAGCAGGCAGUCCAAAGUGUACGCUAUGAGGAGCUGAAGAAGUUCCGUGAGAAUUUGAAGGAAAGUGAAGACAAGUGGCAGGAUGAUCUCAAUAAAUGGAAAAGCAGGCGCAGGAGUGUUAACUCGGAUAUCAUGAAGAAGAAAGAAGAGCGAGAACAGAUCGAGACACUUACUACAGGAAGCAGCACCAGGAAAUCAAAGACCUUCAAGGAAAUGGAAGAGGAGAGGGAAAGCCAAACACCAGGCUUCAGGAGUCGCUUUGCAACCUUCUCCACUUCUGAAGACCAGGAUGUCUUUGAUGAACCAACACCCAAGACCAGGGUUUUACCAAGCCGCAGCAUGACCAUUGAUACUCCCUUCUCCCUGAGGCAAUAUAAAGGGGGCUCUCUGCCCAGUUUGGCAGAUGAUGAACCUGAGGAUGGCAGCGUGGUAUCCGAUGAGGUAGGUGCUCCAUCUAGUCCUGUCCCAUCCAGCUUAGGGAGCACUCUAAAUACAAGUCAAGGAAAACAAACUAGCAUCUCCAGCAGCCACAACCUUCUGGAUGAUCCAGUUCCAACCAGUGUCACCAGCAAACCCAGUCUACUAGUGCCCGUCAACACCACUCAGUCAAGUCGCAUCAGCACCAUCUUCAGCAAUCCUCCACUGGAAGCUAACAGCAGCUCAAAACCAAUUACAAAAUCCAGCAACUUUGUUAGCCCUGUGCCUGCACCUAGGCAAGUCCAAAGCCAGCCUUCACUGCAUAAACCGGUCUCAGCAGCAACCAAACAACCCAUUGCACCUCAGGUUUCGGCCUCACUUCCCAGGAGCUACCAGAAAUCAGAUAGUGCACGGAUCACUUCUGUUGUCACUCCCAGACCUUUUGGUGCCCCAAGCACCAAAAUUACCUCCCUGCCCCGUGCCUAUACGGUGGAUGACUCUCGGAAGCGCUUUAAUGGUGAGACAAACAGUAGUAAGCAAACUACAGUUCCUAGCCGUUAUGCACCAUUUGUUAAAGAAGAUGAGGUUAAUUCCCAGACCAGUUCUGUUCAAAGCAGUAGUGAGGAUACAGGGGAGGAAGAGGAGCAAGUGGUUUCCCCUCCUCAGACCUCCUCAUCUGUCACUCCAGUCAGCCGUGUAGCCCCACAACCCAAAGCAGUGUCUCUUUUAAAUAGCUCACAGCAGGAAAACUACAGUGAAAUGAGGAUCAGCCUGAACCAGAAACCCAAGAGCAGUCAUGACUUUGGCUUCCAGACUAACUGGGACUCCAUGGGGGCUGUUGUUAAAUCUUUACAACCAGGUAGUCAAGCAGAGCUGUGCCACCUGCAGGUCGGGGAUCAGAUCUUGGCAGUUAAUGGGCAGAAGGUGGCAGACAUGAGCUACGAGCAGUGGAAAAGGAACAUGGAUGAAGCCCUGCAGCAGGGUAGCCUGUUUAUGGACAUUCGCAGACAGGGAAAGAACAAUUGGGGCAAAGACCUACCUUCCCUAUCAUAUAAAAGCCAUAAGGUCAUCAAUCUCACCAGUGCGGAUCCUCUAGGUUCCCCUGAGCCAAAUGCCAACAUGAGCUUGGACUUCACCUCACGCCCAGCCAUGGAUCCCACUGUGAAAUCUCUGAAUGUCCGCUCCCAGCCUGUCAAUAGUCUGCCUUCCAAUGGCAUUAAUGGUGGAACUAAUGAGGAACCUGUGAUUCUGAGAAACAAAGAACCCAUUUCUUUAAAAAACCUUAAAAGGAGAUCGGAGUUUUUUGAACAAGGUGGAUCUGAAAAUCAAAUACCAGAUCUACCAGUUCCCUCUCUGUCAGCCUCUUCUACUCGCUGGUCCUGGGACCCAGAGGAAGAGCGCAGGCGACAGGAGAAAUGGCAAAAAGAGCAAGAGCGCCAGCUCCAGGAAAAGUAUCGAAGAGAUCAAGAAAAGCUAGAGGAGGAGUUUAGAAAAGCCCAGCAAGAGGCUGUAACAGAAGGCACAAAACAAUAUCAAGAGGAGUUGAGGAGCCUUGAGCUGGAGAAGGAGGCUUCAAGACUGGCCCUCAAAGAGGAGGAGGAGAGGAGGAGGAGAGAGGAGGAGAGGAAAAGAAGGGAGGAACAGGACCGCCUUGAGGAAGAGAGGAAAAGAAAAGAGCAACAGGAGCGCCUUGAAGAGGAGAGGAAAAGAAAAGAGCAACAGGAGCGCCUUGAGGAGGAGAGGAAAAGAAGGGAGGAACAGGAGCACCUUGAGGAGGAGAGGAAAAUAAAGGAGGAACUGGAGCACCUUGAGGAGGACAGGAAAAGAAGGGAAGAGCAGAAAAAGAGGAUAGAACAGAAACGCCUGGAAGAGCAGAGAAAGAAGGAGGAAGAGGAGCGUAAACAAUGGGAGGAGGAAAACCGAAGGAGAGAGGAAGAUGCACAGAGACUGCAGAGGAAAAGAGAGGAAGAUGAGGAGAGGAGGCGCCAAGAGGCCCAUCAGAGACUUCAGGCAAAUGUUGUGGAGUAUACUUUCCCUGAGCUAUCCUACUCACACAGGGCCAAGUCCAAAUCUACUCCAGAGCUGGAUGACAAUGACAAAAAUGAUAUUAAAGGUGUGUAUAGCAAGCACAGGGGCCUGGCAGGUUGGCUUCUGGAGGAAGAGUUACGAAGGAAGAAAGAUCCUCAUAUCCUGAGACAUCAGGCUGCAUCUGAGCUGGAACUAGAGAGGAGAAACAUCCUUAGUGCUAUGAGAUACAGUAACCCAGAGAGAGCCGUAAGCAGUGGUCUGGGUGAGAGCGCUUUGUAUAAGUCCAGCCAGAAUAAGAAAGAACCAUUAUCUCAAGCUGAAGCGGAAAGGCAGCAGAUCAUUCAGAACAUGAAGAAGAAGACUUCAUUGCUGACAGACAACAGCUGGAUCCGUGAAAGUGCAGUCAACAAUACAAACAAACAGCCAAACAGCCUUCCCAUGAGGAGAGGUGAGUCUCUGGACAACCUGGACAUGACGACAAACCGGCCUUCCUGGAGGUCAUCAUGGACUCCAGGCACCACUUCCUCCAUUCCAGACUAUAGCCGUCCUUAUUCAUCUCUUACUGAUUCUUCAAUCCAAAGUGGACGUCCAGGUGCUGCCACAGUGCCUUCAUAUCAAUCUCUGAGCUCCCAUAGGCCAACAUUGCCCAAGUCCACAUCCAGCACUUGCACAAAUCCUGAGAAUCAGCCAUCCUCACAAAACAGGUCAGUCAGUGGCAAGAAAAUGUGUACUUACUGUGAUAUGCCACUGGGCAAAGGAGCAGCAAUGAUCAUCGAGUCCUUGGGGCUCUGUUAUCAUUUACAUUGCUUUAAGUGCAUUCAAUGCAAAAAAGACCUUGGCGGCAAAGAAAGUGGUGCUGAAGUCAGGAUACGAAACAAACAGCUCUUCUGUAACUCCUGCUAUAUCCAAGUCAAAACAGGGCAGCCCACUUCCAUGUGACCUCACUGGAUUAUUGCAGAUUGAGGAAGAACCUGGCCCAGAUACAUAACCAUGAACACUAUAACUAGAGCUAUGCAUGAGGACAACACUAUGGGAUGACGGUCAAAAUUACACAAUAAACAUCUGUGAUUCCUUUUUUACCUAACAGAGGGGGAGAGGUAAAGUUAUACGUUUCCGUAAAAGUAUUACUGACUAUGCUUGCACAAAGUACAAGGGGCAUGCAUUCACUUAGAAGCUAGUAAUCUAUUUGAAAUUAUUAUCGUUGUGUUCCUCACAAAUGAAAGCUCUGGAUGAUUUGUCAUGAGAGACAUAUGUCAUGAAGGUCUGUUUUGUAGUAAUUUUUGGAGUGUUAGAAUCUGCUGGUUUUCUCAUUGCUUUUCAAGUCUAUCUUCAUCAGAUGUCUGCAUGUUAUGGUGUGUUGCAAAAUCCUGUUAUCUAUUAAUCAUAUAUUUGUGAUGGGGAAAGACUAUUUAGAAUACAUUUAUUAAGAAUAUAUUUAAAAGUGGCAUGGUUUGUAGGAAGAGUUUUAUGGAAUCCAUUUAAGACAUUGAAGUGAGAUUUUCCACAAAGUAAAACAAUCUUAUACAUACAAAAGUAAUUGUAUUCACCAAUAUUUGUAAAUAAAGUGACCAAAUCAAAA